GUUUAUAUUAGAAUUGGGAGAUGCUUCUAAAGUUUCAUACUUACGUCUUUUAUUGGAAACUAAUUAUUUAUGGAAACCCUAUCGAAAUUACAUUAGGUAUCCGGUCGAUAAUCAUGCCCAGUGAAGUGAUCAGACUUUCGAUUUUGGAAAAAAAAGACAGAGUAACAAUAUUGUUGCGAUCGUGAAAGAUGCCGCUUAAUGGCUCCAGCAUUGGGCCAUGUCCUCCUCGGCCCUGGCUUCUUUUCCCUGUGAAUACGGCGAGCAGAGGAAACGCCUAAGGUGAUACGGUCAUCGCCGGACAUACCGGAGCGAGACAAAGUGGUUGGGAAUCGGUAAUACAAGUAACGGAAAACUGCUCUUUCGCUUAUCACGUGAACCCUGGAAAAAACUGAGCUCGUUGGAUGGUGCACGAGGUGCAUAGGAUGGAGGAAGAGUCCCCUGAAAAGGAGAACGACGAUGGGACGAUGCAAGUCGCGAUCCCGCAACCGAAUGCGUCUGAUUUCUACAACGAUCGGGCACGUGCUUCCGGCCAAGAAGAUUUCACGUGUUCCCUCUACAUAUCGCGUGCCGUUGGCCCGCAAGGCCAAGUGCAAGGAACGCAAGGUGGAGAGCUACCGCGUUCGAACCUGGAGGACGUGAUUCGUAUCUCGGACCCGCUGGCAGCCUGGCUCGUCUCCGAGACUCCCUGCGGCCUGAUCGCGGCGUUCGCGCGCGAAGCCGACGCCGAGAAACUGUUGCAACGCGGGGACUUGGCACGAGUUUUCGAGGGACCCGUACAAGUAGCUCGGUUUUCUGCAAAAGACUCCCGCUACAGGCAGGCGGUGCUGUUACGCGACGUGCCUUGGGCAAUUCCACUGCAAGACAUAAAUUCCGCGCUGUCGAAGCAGGGCAUCGCAGCCGGAAGCGUCGAACGCUGGCGUCAAUACGUCCGCGUCGAGGUGCUGGACGCCGGGCACUACGAGCUUCUGCUGCGGCAAGGCUUGGACUUUUUCGGUGCCGCGCGGUUCAGCGCGAUUCCGGAACGUUGGUGGCGCGGAGGAACCGGAAACGGCGGCGGCCCGAUGCAACCGGGCUCCGGGAUGGCCAACAAUCUCCUCGAAGCGACCAACUACCAAACGGGAGACGGCGUUCUCCAAUGCUACCGCUGCCAGGGAUUCUGGCACAUGGCCGCUAAUUGCAGGCACCUGCCGCGCUGCGUUCGAUGCGGCGAGCCGCACAGCGUCGAGUUCUGUCCAAGACCACGGAAUAAUCCUAUUUGCUGCCACUGUUCCGGUCCGCAUCACGCCGGCUACCGUCAAUGCCCGGUACGCCAACAACUUUCGAAUGCUACGCCUAUUAGCAUCACGCUGAGCACCACUCGAAUUGGAAACCAGUAUCCGGUGAACGCUGCGGCGAAGACGACCUCCUCGUCUCACGAACAGCAACCCUUGAAAUCGAGCCAGUCUUAAAAACAAAGGUGAUCCCGUUCCGCCUUUUGAUCGUCGGUUUGUAAAUCGCUUGCUUUUAAUCGAAUGUAUUCGGAAUGUAUACACUUAUCGACGGCAGACUAAAUUCCGAAGCGAAAACAACGAUUAUCUGCCGAGCCUGCUCCGUUUGUAAACGUUUCCAUUCGAUCUGCUAAAUCCGCUUUGUUCGCGAACACUCUGUCCGAAUUCAGGAUAAUAAAUUCAUCAUUUUCUCACGCGUCAA